UACGCGUGCCUUUGUUCUUCCAAGGAAAAAUAAAAAAUUGCAGCUACAUUAAAACACUGUCCAUCUGGUGGGGCCUACUUUGUUGCCGACACAAGAACACAUGUUGAUUAUCUCGUUUUCCUAGCCGAUGAUUGCACGCGUGUCAGCAAGAUGGAGGAAUCACUUUGACGAGUAUCCUACUUCAAGUACUGCCCCCAGUUACUAGCCAUCCUGACUAGAGUGAGAGAUGGGAGUUGUGAUUUUGGACGGAACAACAGUGAAAUCAUUCGUAGAGGAUGAAUCGGCAUUCAACAAAAGUGUCGAUGAGCGAUUUGAAGCACUUGAUUCAAACAAAGAUGGAGUAUUAUCGCGAUCAGAGCUCCGUAAAGCUUUUGAAUCACUCCGACUCAUUGAAUCUCACUUUGGAACUGACGUAGCUACACCACCUGAUGAACUGAGUCAGUUAUACGAUUCAAUAUUUGAGAAAUUCGAUUUUGAUCACAGUGGAACGAUCGAUGUCGAAGAAUUUAGAGCAGAGAUGAAGAAGAUUAUGCUUGCUGUUGCUGAUGGUCUUGGGUUUUCACCUAUUCAGAUGGUUAUUGAAGAUGAUGAUGAUGAUAGCUUUCUUAAACAAGCUGCAGACCUUGAGGCCUCCAAGAUAGCAAAAGCUUUGUGAAACACAAAGUUUUCAUCGCUGUUGAUUAACUGUUGUUGUUUUUAAGUUUGUUAGUGAUUUUGUAUGCAAGUGAAUUUGAUGCCGAGCUUAUAAUGUAUUUGGUCGUUUGAAAAAUAAAAGUGUCUUCUGGCUA